CCUCUCCGCUACGCUCCGUUCAGAAGGUUCUGUUCUGUGACGUCGAUCAACUGGAAUGUCUGAUGAACGCGCGUUUACGCUGCACACGUGCUCACGUGUUGGCUCAGUCCACGUGCUGCGCUCAAGACGCCCCGCCCACUGACUGAGCGGCCCCGCCCACCGGAGUUCAAAAAGGUUCAGCAGGUCAGUCAGCGCAGCAGAAGUCUGGAGAGAACGCUUCUACUAGUCUGGAGUCGAGUUACGCGACGCUUUCUUCUCAAAACCCUAAAGAAGUCUUGUUUUAAACUCAGUACUGCCGUUCAGGAUCUCUCCAGUAUACACUACUUACCCUGCAGACAGCGAGUUCAGUUAUUUGACUUCUACACACGCUCCAGAAGAUACAAAAACACAUAUGGAGAUGCACAAGCGGAUCCUGCGGGCUCUCAGGAGCGGCCCGGCGCGGAGGAACCUCUUCGGUCCGGUGGAUCGUGAGCAGCUCCAGCUGGAGUACCGUGAUGCUCUGAGGAAGGACCUGGAGGAGGCGUCCCACCGCUGGGGCUUCGACUUCACCACCGAGACGCCUCUGCAGGGCGGAGACUUCCAGUGGGAGGGCGUGUCUGCGGUGAAGGUGCCCGUCCUGUACCGCUCCUCUCAGGAGGAGCAUCCGUCGAGGACCGGCCCGUCCCGCGUGGGGAAGGAGAACAUCCCCAGAACCCCAGAGAGAUACAGCAUUGUCCCGCAGUACAUAGAGAAAACACCAGAAAAGAGGACCGAGCUGAAGAGGAAACAGACCAACAUCACAGAUUUCUACCAGACGAAGAAGAGAGUGGUGGCUACACCCCGCAAAUCAGGACAAUGACUCAAACACACACACACACACACACACACACAUACACUCUCAGGAACGCUAGUGUGUCUCGUCUAGACUCUUGUUCUCACAGGAGGAACACUGACACACCAAAACUGACGCAAACCACCGGAUCUCACCAGAUCUUCUGUUUUUAUACUCCGUCAUCUACCUUCAGCCUCUCAAGAACUCAAAACAAUCAUCGUAGCAUUUUUCCGUUGCGCAAAACGCAAGAAAUGCGCAACUGUUCCAGAACUUAUUUUCUAUCUUCCAUCAUGUUUUUGAAUGUUAUUCAUUAAUAGGAAAUUGCUUAUCUGUCAUUUCUUCUUUUUCUUGUUUAUGUUUGCAUGUCAAUGGUUAACAUGUAUACAAAUUUCCGUUAAAGAAAAUGCGUUAUAAUCCUUGUAAAUCGACUAGGUUUUGUGUGGAGGCGGAGAAGAGAAUCAGGAAAGAUUUCAGAAUUCGUCUCUCAGCGGGACGACAAAAUUAUAACGAAAGAGUUACGAAUUACGAACAAUACGACAGGUUAUAAAACACUGAUUUUUUUCCAGUGUCCAUGUAUACCAAUGUAUUGCUCUAUUGCACAAUACUCGU